AUGGCGUCAACUUUGAAUUUAGUCGCGAAAGUUGGCACUUCUGUAGGAAUCAUCGAGACCUGUCAAAUGACGACAGUGUACCACCCUCCAGACAGUGUUCACCAUCCUCCAGACAGUGUUCAUCACCCUCCAGACAGUGUUCACCACCCUCCAGACAGUGUUCACCACCCUCCAGACAGUGUUUACCACCCUCCAGACAGCGUUCACCACCCUCCAAACAGUGUUCACAACCUUCCAGCCAGUGUUCACAACCUUCCAGCCAGUGUUCGCAAACCCCCAGACAGUGUUCACCACCCUCUAGACAGUGUUCACCACCCUCCAGACAGUGUUUACAACACUCCAGACAGUGUUCACAACCUUCCAGCCAGUGUUCGCAAACAUCCAGACAGUGUUCACAACCCUCCAGCCAGUGUUCAAAACCCUCCAGACAGUGUUCACAACCCUCCAGCCAGUGUUCGCAAACCUCCAACCAGUGUUCACAACCUCCAAUUAGUGUUCGCAAACAUCCAGACAGUAUUCACAACUCUCCAGAAAGUGUUCACAGCCCUCAAGACAGUGUUCACAACCUUCUAG